AUCAGUCCUUCCUCUGUUAAAUAGAAACCAAACCACUUCGAGUUUCACUCACUCACACACACACACAUAAACAAACACACAAAGACACAUAAACACCACAAUAAACUAAAACCCACCAUGUGUGGACACGUCAGCACUUCUAUAACCUCCGGCGACAACUGUCCAUGUUUUCUAUACUCCGACGACAUAGUGGCUCCUCCUCAGCUGCUUGAUCAUCAUCAUCAUCAGUUCCCGCCUCCGCCUUUGGCGCUUCUUAUGAUGAGCCAAAACUCUCUAUACGCGGCCGAGGCGGUUUCAGGGUUCGGUUACUUUGAUUCCGGCAUGAACGGUGGUGGUGGAAGCAGCAGCUGCGACUCGCCAAGCUCUAUGGGGAGUGGCGGAGAGAGUCUUGUUAUGCAGAGGAGUGUUAGUAGCCAUAAUGGCUUUUCCGGUAAUUACACAGCGGCCCAUGAUUUCGUUAACGAUGAUGAUGGGCCAGUGAGACGGGCCCUUAGCGCCGGAGAUCUACCCAGGAGUAGCAGAAGAGAGAGCAGUACGGUGUGGAGUGAGAGCAAUGCAAUAAUAGAAGGAAUGAGCAAAGCCUACAAGUAUAGUCCUGAGGAGAAGAAAGAAAAGAUCGAGAAAUAUCGUAGCAAACGAAACCUUAGGAAUUUCAACAAGAGGAUUAAGUACGAAUGCAGGAAGACAUUAGCGGACAGUAGGCCAAGAAUAAGAGGGAGAUUUGCAAGAAAUGAUGAGAUCUCACAACAAGAACAAGUUGAUGUUAUGGAAGCCGUGGUAGGAGAUGUCGACACGUGGGCAUCUUUUCUUGAUUCUUUCUCUGCUAAUCACUUCCUCAACUAAUUUAAUCUCUUCUAUGUUUGUUUUUCUUAUAUAUGUUUAUAUAUGGCACUUUAAUUUGUUUUGGUUUAAAAGAUUUCCCCAUGUUGCUAAACUCAUGUGUAGGUUUUGUGUUAUCUUUGUAUAUAAGAAUAACAUAUCUUGUAUUUUUGAUCUGAGAUAUUUGCAAACUAAUCCUUUUUCACUGGCCAUACAAUUCUGCAUGAGUGGUAUAUGCCACUUUGUCAAUUGACGAUUGCAAUUGUCUUAGCAUGGCACUGAGUUCUAUAAGUGAG